AUGGCGGUCCCAGAGUAUCGCGAUGAAGUCUUGAUCACACUUUCGAGCGUGAAUCCUCCUUCGGACUUUCCAUUCAAAACACGUCACAUUUUCCUCAGUAAGAAAAACCCUACGAUUCAAAUCGGCAGAACAAGUAAGAGGAAGACGUCUCUUGAAGCGGGCAAGUCCAACGCAUGGUUUGAUUCGGCAGUCAUGUCCCGAAAGCAUGCUCUUAUUACCCUCGACCCGGAAAACCAAAAAGUCUAUAUCAAGGACACGGACUCUCUCCACGGUACAUAUAAGAACGACGUCCGCCUCAACAUAAAUGAGAACACAGAAAUUUCGACCGGAGACAAACUUAUGUUUGGUACUUCUAUUGACAGAGGCAUGACACAAUACCCACCCACAACAAUCGAGACCGCUCUUAAGUACGGGUGCGGGGAUCCUGCUGUCCGCGGAAACACUUUCCGGGUACCCGACGAUACUGACUGCGAAGACAUCAGCAGCGACGAGGAUCAAGUACACAACAGCUGCAAGAUGCUUUACGCGAGAGACGUUCGCCCUGGCCGUGCCCCUCGAACAUCAACACUGAAUGACACUCCGAUCGACUUGACGGGCGACGAAGAUCGAUCUAUACUCUCCAACCUGGGAGUUGAUGCACCUCAGCUUCAGUCUGUAACGGCACUCCCAAGACGGGAAGAGUACCCCUCUCAGCCAGUGUCCGAAGAUGAUGGCAUAAUACUUUAUGACUAUUCAGAAGAUGAAGAUGAGGAGGUGGGCGGCAGUGAAGAUGAGGAAAUGGGAGAAGACUCUCAAGUGGAUCAGUCUGCAUUUAAGGAGACAGACAAUGUUUUCUCAGUGCCUCACUCUGAUUCUUCAUCUGUUAGUGGCGUUGAAGACAACCGAGAUUCUGUGUCGGUAGACGAUGACUUUGGCGAGCACGAUGAGUUCGAAGAAGAGGACCUUGUCGAUUUCACCACUCCAGUGAACAAUGACGAAAAAGAAACCGGCGACAACCCGGCACAAGCCUCGAGUGCAAACAAUGACACCCCCAAACAGCAAAAGAUCGAUGUCACUGAAAGUAAAACUACAAAUGUCUUUAGCCCGCCCGACUUUUCUCGCAGGGCUGCACCUGGCAAGGCUUCCUUCACCAACAGGAUGAACGAGCUUUAUCCUCUGUCUCCCAUGCCAAGUACCUCUCCCGCUACGGUGCUGCCUCCAAUCUCUGAUUGGGCUAACAAGCCAUUCACCUACGAAUCCUACACUCCUAAAGCCGCAGUUGAGACUAUGGCCAGAAAGACAGGGAAACCCGAGUUCUUUGAGGCGAGGGAAAUCAACAAGGCCAAUGCCGGGAUCAAUUUUCUAUCAUGGCCACGCCCCAUGGAUUCCUUCUCAGCUGUUGCGCCUCAAAUUCCUCAUAUCGACCAAGUUGACCUACUGCCACAUUCUGAUUUGAUAGUUUCGGGCGCUCGAUUCAUUAACUCUCCUGAAGGCCCCUUCCACCAAGCUGAGCCAGAGAUCACCACUCAAGAGCCCACUCGGGAUGAGACGUCUGCAUUUAGUUUUGAGCAGAGCAAGAAACAAUGUGAUGUUUACGCAUCCGCCGCUGAUGCGUUGGCCAAGGCGUUGGCUCCCCAGACAAACCGCCAGGAAGAUGCUAAUCUAGAAGGUGAAGCGCAAACACUCACCGCAUCAGAGAACAAAGACGAAGCAGCCAAGGAAAUAAAGAAGCCCUCCGAACCUCCCAGCUCCUCAAAGAGAAAGGCUGAAGAAAUCUCCGAGCUCACUGUCGAGGAAGAGAUUCUCGAGUCCGACGAGCCCCUUGUCCCUCAACAAGCCACAUGUCGACCACCCAAACGGGCCGCAGGCUCUCUACGCCAGGAGAAACAUGCUGCAGUCGCCCCUCCGCCACCCAAGCGUCUUCGCCGCAUGGCCGAGGUCGUAGGAUACGCUACGCUUGGUGGUGUUGCUGUCAUGUCAGCACUCAUCGCCACAGCGCCUGCCCUUUAG